AUGAAUGCACAGAAGGCACGCGUUGCAUGUAUGUCAAAUAAGUUUAAAAACAUAAGAGAAAUAAGUGAAGAUACAUAUCAACUGAUGCUCAAAGAUAGAUUUUAUAGAUGUGAAACAUGUUUACAAGAGGCAUUCUUUACUUUAGAUAACGCAAAAUACUGGUAUUUGGUUUUCAUUUAUGAUUUUAUGUAUAAAUGCAUGGAUGUUAAUCGUUUUCAUUUCAUUGAAGGUGAUACUGAUUCAUCUUAUUGGGCUAUUGCUGGCGAUCCAAAUCUUCCUAACACUCAAGCAUUUCAAGCAAUUGUUACCGAUAAACAAUUUUAUGAUAAAAACAUUUUCAAAUUCGCACCAUUUGAUUUCUUUUGUUUUGAUGAGAAAUUUAAACCUAAAUUAAAGAAUAAAGCUGAAGAAAAAGCACAUGAGAAAAAAUUAUUGGGUUUAGCAAUUGAGAAACAAGGUGAUAACAUGGUUGCUUUAUGCCCCAAGUGUUAUACAUCAUUCAACGGUUCAAUUGAUGGAAGUGAUUUUAAAAAGAUUGCGCAAAAAAUGAAAGGAGUUAGUUUACGACAAAAUAAACAAUUAACACCUAAAAAUUAUUUAGAUAUAAUAAAUGAUAAAGUGAUAUUUGAUGGUCAGAAUAUUAAUUUACAACUUAAAAACGGGGUAAUGACUCGCUUAACAAUUGGUAAGACUGUAUUAACAGGAGCACACACUAAGGCUGUAUGUUGUGAAAAUGGAUGUUGUAUGCCAUUUAUUUAA